CUCGCCCUGGCCUGACGUCACCCGCCGAUCGCGUAUUGUUUUUAGUACCCCCCGUGCGGCCCUCACAAGUGGGAGCGAGGUUCGGGUUUUCAGAACUGAAGACUCGUAACCAACCUUCCCUCGGACUGUUUACGCCCCGUUGCCCCUGGCGACGGCGACCGCAUUACACCCGACACCGGCCGCCCAUUGAUCCCAAACAGGAUUGGUUUACACCUGCUUUGUAUCUCACCUGAGGCGCCAGUCGUGGAGAGUAAGGGAGGAGAGACAAGCGGCGGUUCUUCGCGGCGAUAUUUCGACGUCGCGAGACGCUUUUUGACGUCGCCCGCUACGUUAGAAGAUCGUCCGAAAGCCGCGCCGGUGUCUCUAGGCGAGCCGAGCGGGCUACCGAGCGCUGACCAGGUACAGGACCACCCGAGCGUCGAGCAACAGGUGGCCGGCCGAGGUUUACGGAAAUCGCCUGGCUACGCGUGCCGGUUGUCACGCCUGUCGAGAACGCGAAAUCACACCAGAGCGGAGAGAACGCAGGGAGAAACAACUUGUACUACAACAAACAUUGUGUGAUUUUCGGUGGUGGUGGCUUGCUGCUGCACACACGUACAACGUCACGUCCAAAGGGAAGCGAAGAAACAACAAGCUUUUCCUGUCAUACGAGCGAGGAUUGCAGAUUGGUGUCACGCCUGUGGAGAACGUACUUACGCGAAAUCGCACAGGAGCCGGGAGUAGAGAGAACCGACUACGGAAACGGAUUUACGGUGGUGACUUCUUUGCUCAAACCAACGCUACGUCCAAAGGAAUCGGAAAAUCAAGCUUUUGCCGUCACACACUGAGAGGCAGGAUUGCAUAUAUUUGUGAGGUUACUACAAGAAGAGGCUCUACUAACACAAGCCGUUCUUCCAAACAGAGUGACAACAUUUACAGUGACAGAAAACGCAAAGAAACUGUAAUUUUGUUGGAGUUUUACGAUUCCUACAAGAUACAUUUUGCAGAAGGACGGAGAGACCAUCCUCAGGUACUGGGAAUAUUGGUUCAGUCUUGGCCUCUCAAUAUGUAGCUUCACCAACUGUUGUGUGUGAGUCGCUCUCUGUCUCCCUGACAGUACAACAGAUUGCAGCAGCGAUAAGAGAAGAGAUCCCAUCACCCAUACAUAGUAACUGCUGUGACUGCAGGUGGUUCUCUCAAGUGUGGAAGCGUGCCACGCGAAUCGGGACGGGAGGGGGCAGUUAAACUAGUUUGCCGGUGAAUUGCGCUGUUUUCAAACAUCGCCCGGAGCUAUCGGGGGCAACGUGAGCCUCACGAGACAACAGUCGAGUGUUUUUUGGAGAGCAUCGUGACAAGGUGACAACACAACCCACAACCAUGGGGUGUGGAUCGUCCAAAGGUAGUGCAGCUGUCGUGUCACCAGACAGCCGUCCCCAAAAUCUACCAGACUCGGGGGACACAACUGACACGCAAACACGGAACAACCAACAGCGAAAUACUAGCACAUCACAGGAAAGACUUCCCCACAGAACGACAGAGCAGGAAAAGAACCUGCGGAAUAACCUGCCGGACUCCACAGUGUCGCUAGAACGCGGCAGGGACGAGUAUGGGAACUCAGGAGACGGGAGAGUGAAGUCUGCCGACCAGAUCAGCAUCGCUGGUUCGCAGGACAGCGGCAUUGAGACCUCGAACGAGCGGCCGGCUAAAGGCGGAUCUCACUCCGAACUGCCGGAUCUAGACGUGCUCAGGACAGUGCCCAAAGCAGUGGCGUUUGACGUUCCGCUGGCCAACACCAGUGAAGGCAGCAUCAUCAGGAGACAUCCGCCCAGAAGACUGCAGAGACUGGAGACAGUCCCGCGCCUGACGCCCGCUAUGCUGGAGGAGAAGCUGAAAUCCGCGGAGGAGAGGAAAGAAAUGGAGCUUCAGAAGAAGACGAAGUCGGCCGCCAGAACGUCUCGGAGACACCGGCAGAUCAAGGAGGCCAUGGAGUUCGAGAAGAGUCUCAAGGAGGAGGAGAUCGACCGAACGCUGUCGUCUGCGGAGCGGAAGCGAUGUCAGAAACAGGCGGAAAUCGUCGCCAAGCAGCGCCUCCGGGAGGAACGGGCGAAACGGGCGAGGGAGAAGGCGCAGCGGCUAUCCAGUAUGGAGGACUCUGAUCUGAACUACGAAAUGGAGAACGAUGAAAACUUUAACGCUGACGACGAGGACUCGUGGGGCGACCCCGCGGACCCGGACCUCCUGCAGCCUCCGCCGACGGGCACCACCAUCCGCACCUCCGGGUCCGCCGUGUCCUCCGAGUCGGAGCGCAUCUACGACGGGCGCUCCAGCCCAGUCAAGCGGGUCCACCCGCGGCCCGGAGCCGCGCUCAGGAGAGGUAGCAGUGGUACCGGCAGUAUCGCCCUGGGGCUGGACGCGCCCUUCUCCGGCCGGGUGACCAGCGCGCGGACCCAGCACCAGCUGGACGAGCUGUUUGAGAGAAAGAACCUUCCCGCCGCAGGAGACCAGGUUACCGUGGAGGACGAGGUCGACGAUCACGACUUCUUCUCAUGACCGGAACUCGGGACUUCCAUCUAGACUCUACCAGGCUUCGGGAAGCGGCUGGAAAAAGUAGAUAU